AUGUCAACAAAUAUUGGACCACCCCUGGAGAAGGGGAUUUGGGUCGCGGUGAUCAUCGCCGCGGUGAUCGUUAUUUUACGUGUGGUUGCUAAAAUUAAAAUCAAACGGUUUGGCGUUGACGAUGGCAUCAUGAUUUUCGCCGAGUGUCUCGCGAUCGCAUCAACUGUCUUCUUGACCCUAUCCGUAAAGCACGGCUUCGGCACGGAUUUGACCAAAUUACCAACCGCCGACCUUGAAGCCGUUUUGAAGUAUAUCGCCAUCCAGAUCCCUGUCGUGACCUUCAGCACUACCUUCGCGCGAACCGCCUUUAUCAUCUACCUCAUCCCUCUGCUCGGCACCAACAAAUACUACCAGGCCGUGCUGUGGGCGUUCCUGGUCAUUCAAUUCAUUGGAAACACCGCAUCGGCCGUACUACCGCUCAGCAUCUGUCGCGAUGUCGCUGCGCUGUGGGAUCCCACUGUGGCAAAGGCAACCACCUGUGGUGACUUGAAAGCAGUGAUCAAUUUCGCCUACUAUUCCAACAGCUUCAACUCCGCUACCGACCUGUUUCUGGCCGUGUUCCCCGCAGUGGUAUUCUGGAACUUGAACCUCAAACUGCGCAUCAAGAUCAGUUUGAUUGUGCUCCUCAGCCUUGGUAUUGUCGCAAUGGUCGCAUCCAUUAUCAAGACGACCAAACUCACAUCGCUACCCAGCAUCACCAACAUCGGCGCCAGCGGCGGCAUCGAACUGAUCCGUUGGGGUUACAUCGAAAACACAAUCAUUAUAAUCACCUCUUCGAUCCCUUGCAUCCGCCCCUUGAUCAUCUCCUCCGUCCGCAAGAUCUCCAGCGGCAAAUUCUCCCGCUCAUACGAGCUCAGCGGACCCUUCUCCGGUCGCAAAUCCGGUGCUCUCCCAAACGAGACAAACCAGUCGCGCCGCACCCGCAGGUUCAAGCCCGAUCCUGAACACGGUAGCAUUGACCACAUUCUGGAGCACGACCAAAGUGCCCACACCAGUACCUCGGUCGGCGGUCAGCCCGAAUCGCCUACAUUCUUUGCGCCUGGUAUUACGAAGCAGGUCGAGAUCUCCGUCAUCUCCGACAACAAUAGUCGGCCUAGCGAGAUAAGGGACUUCUGA